UCAUCAGGCUGUGUUACCAUUGAUUCCUUUGUUCUCCUCACAGUUUUCAAACUCCAUUGCUUCAAAUACUUCUCAGCAGCUCCCACCUUAAUUUCCUGCAAAUUGAUUAGAAAUGACAGACAAGAUCAAAGUAUGGUGCUUCCUACUUUUCCUAUUGAAGCUGGUGUCGAAUUUGCAAAAUUGUGCUCAUGCAGCUCCACAGGUGCCUUGUUUUUUCAUAUUUGGAGACUCGUUGGCGGAUAGUGGCAACAACAACAACCUUGUCACAGCUGCUAAGGCCAAUUACCGCCCAUAUGGAAUUGACUUCCCAAAUGGAACCACCGGAAGGUUUACUAAUGGCCGAACCGUAGUGGAUAUCAUUGGUGAACUUCUGGGCUUUAACCAAUUUAUUCCACCAUUUGCAACUGCUAGAGGCAGAGACAUAUUGGUUGGUGUUAACUAUGCAUCUGGGGCAUCAGGGAUUCGUGAUGAGAGUGGAAGGCAACUGGGUGAUAGAAUCAGCCUAAAUGAGCAAUUGCAAAAUCAUGCUGCUACACUCAGUCGCUUGACUCAAUUACUAGGGACUAAGCAGGCAGCAGAAAAUUACCUUAAUAAGUGCUUAUAUUAUGUCAGCUUGGGCAGUAAUGACUACUUAAACAACUACUUCAUGCCUAGCAAUUAUACAACAAGCCGAUUAUACACCCCUGAUCAAUAUGCCAGUUUAAUUGACCAGUAUAGUCAGCAAAUAAAGCUUCUGUACCACCUAGGAGCCAGGAAAAUUGCCUUGCCUGGACUUCGACCAAUAGGCAGCAUUCCAUACUCAUUUUCUACUCUAUGCCGCAACAAUGUCUCUUGUGUGACCAAUAUAAACAACGCAGUCCUCCCUUUUAACGCAGGACUUGUAUCACUUGUUGAUCAACUGAAUAGAGAGUUCAAUGACGCACGCUUUAUAUACCUGAAUUCUACUGGGAUGUCAUCUGGCGAUCCUUCUGUGCUCGGGUUUAGGGUUACAAACGUUGGAUGUUGUCCAGCACGUAGUGAUGGCCAAUGCAUUCAAGACCCAUGCCAAAAUAGGACUGAAUAUGCGUUUUGGGAUGCAAUUCAUCCUACCGAAGCUUUGAACCAAUUCACUGCAAGAAGAUCGUACAAUGCCAUUCUUCCAUCUGAUGCUUAUCCAACCGAUAUCAGUCAUUUAAUCAAAAUGGCAGACAAGAUCAAAGUAUGGUGCUUCCUACUUUUCCUAUUAAGGCUGGUGUCGAAUUUGCAAAAUUGUGCUCAUGCCGCUCCACAGGUGCCUUGUUUUUUCAUAUUUGGAGACUCGUUGGCGGAUAGUGGCAACAACAACAACCUUGUCACAGCUGCUAAGGCCAAUUACCGCCCAUAUGGAAUUGACUUCCCAAAUGGAACCACCGGAAGGUUUACUAAUGGCCGAACCGUAGUGGAUAUCAUUGGUGAACUUCUGGGCUUUAACCAAUUUAUUCCACCAUUUGCAACUGCUAGAGGCAGAGACAUAUUGGUUGGUGUUAACUAUGCAUCUGGGGCAUCAGGGAUUCGUGAUGAGAGUGGAAGGCAACUGGGUGAUAGAAUCAGCCUAAAUGAGCAAUUGCAAAAUCAUGCUGCUACACUCAGUCGCUUGACUCAAUUACUAGGGACUAAGCAGGCAGCAGAAAAUUACCUUAAUAAGUGCUUAUAUUAUGUCAGCUUGGGCAGUAAUGACUACUUAAACAACUACUUCAUGCCUAGCAAUUAUACAACAAGCCGAUUAUACACCCCUGAUCAAUAUGCCAAGGUUUUAAUUGACCAGUAUAGUCAGCAAAUAAAGCUUCUGUACCACCUAGGAGCCAGGAAAAUUGCCUUGCCUGGACUUCGACCAAUAGGCAGCAUUCCAUACUCAUUUUCUACUCUAUGCCGCAACAAUGUCUCUUGUGUGACCAAUAUAAACAACGCAGUCCUCCCUUUUAACGCAGGACUUGUAUCACUUGUUGAUCAACUGAAUAGAGAGUUCAAUGACGCACGCUUUAUAUACCUGAAUUCUACUGGGAUGUCAUCUGGCGAUCCUUCUGUGCUCGGGUUUAGGGUUACAAACGUUGGAUGUUGUCCAGCACGUAGUGAUGGCCAAUGCAUUCAAGACCCAUGCCAAAAUAGGACUGAAUAUGCGUUUUGGGAUGCAAUUCAUCCUACCGAAGCUUUGAACCAAUUCACUGCAAGAAGAUCGUACAAUGCCAUUCUUCCAUCUGAUGCUUAUCCAACCGAUAUCAGUCAUUUAAUCAGUUAACAUGCAGAUCUAAGUCAAGGAAGAUAAUAUUCCAUAAAUAAUAUAAUAAAUAAUUUAUAGAAAAUAAGGUGGUCUUGGUCACUUUGUUACGAUGAUAAAAUUAUGCAAAACAGCAGUCUAAUAAUAUGACUUCUUGUAAACGAAAAAGAAAAAAAAAAACAGUCUGACAAUAUGCUGUAACAUGCAUGUACUUGUACCUCAAGAAUGAUAUAUAAGAUCGUUUUCUUACGAAAUAUUUGGAUAAA